AUGAUUGGAUACGCCUCAUUUGCGCCCAUCAAUCAGAAACACAAUAAGGACGAAGAAGGAAUGUAUGCUAAUCUUAGACGUCAAGUCUUUAAUAUGACCCAUGAAUUACACGAUACCGAAUCGACCACAUAUUUAGCACCAACCGCCGACAAUCACUUGGAUCCCAACGAUAAUACGGCCUCAAUAAAUGAGGAAAAGGAAAUGCAGCAACAACUACACCGGGAGCACUUUCAACAUAAGAGACACUUGAAAUUACAACAGAUUAGAGAACAAAUGGAAGAACAGGAACAGCAAAAACAACAAGCAAAAGAAGAGAAAGAAAUUGCAGAAGCUCAACACAAACACAAACACCAUAGACAUCAUCAUCAUCGUCGUCAUCAUCAUGUCAGAUUUAAUAUUGACAGUGAUGAAGAUAACGAGACAUCAACCCCUGAAACUACUAAUGAACAGCAACAGAAUGAUGCUAAACUUUUGCAACAUAUUGCUCAUAAAUUGCAACAGGAGCAAAGACAAACUGCAUCUAAAUUAUUCCAGACACAACAUAUCUCAGUAAGAUAA